AUGGCUUCCAAGGCGGCCGCAAAGGCCGUCACCUCGGCGAGCCACGUCGUCAGCAUUUCCCAGAAACAAACUCUCCAGAGCAAGGGAAUCUGGGAAGGCUUCCGCCGCCUCAUGGCUAUUGACAAGAACCGCUCCAACGGUGUGCCCCUCAACCCUUACUACCGUACCCCGGCUCCUGGUCAGCAGGAUCCCCUCCUCGUCACCGACCCCGUCACCGUCCCCGCUGGCGACAUUGCCGGCAACCCCUACUGGAAGCGCGACGCUCGCCGCAACUACCCGCGCCUCAGCACAGUCAGUCAGGCCGACGCCGUUGCCCUGCUGACGGUCGGCAGCGCUGCUACCCCCAAGACGGAGCUGAUUGGCGAGGCUGGCUCGAAGGCGCUCGUUGCUGCCACGGAGGCCGGCAAGACGGAGGGCCUUGGUGCGUUCCUGGCCAAGACACCGUCGACUAGCUCGCCCGUUGCUACCGACUUGUUCGUCGACGGCCUGCCGCCGCUGCCAAGCGGACAGAGCCUGAACAGUGGCGCAUGGGACGUGCACAAGUAUGAGCUGGUCUCGGAGCAAUCAUAUCCCGAAGAAGGCUGCGGCAGCCGGUGUACUGCCCGACAGCUCGACAACCAUCUUCUCCAGCACCCGUGCCUUGGCCUGUGCUCGCUUCACACGGUCAUCGACGUCGUUGACAGCCUCGUCUGUGUUGGCUGUCGGCAGUGUGCCAGGCUCGACCAGCGCAUAAAAGGUGCGCAGAUUUUUCAGGAGACGGGCGUUGGUUCCCGGCCUGGACGUCCCGGCCUUACCGAGUGCCAAGUGGGACCACACGACCGCCUUGCCCUGCAGCCGGCCGGCCUCGACAAACUUUUUAAAGCCGUUUUCAAGGCCGAGCGUGCGGCCCUCGAUUUUGCCGGCGCGCUCGCCGUCGGCAUGGCCCUGGCGGAACCCAUCUUCGUAAAAGUCGUCCUCUAG